AUUGAUUUUAAAACAUUUAAGUAAAGUAAAAACAACUAUUUAGCCCAAUCUGGACUUAGUGAAAACCCAGAGUCCUUUCAGGUAAAAUGUUCUUCAGUUGUGGCCAAACAUUCUGUUUCCGUUUGUUCUCAUCCAAGUAUGAUGAGAAACCAAAGCCCGGGGACUUGAUUGAGAUCUUCAGAGGGGCCUAUCAGCACUGGGCCGUGUAUGUAGGCAAAGGCUCUGUGGUCCACUUGUCACCACCAUCAGAGGUUGCAGGUGCGGGUGCAAACCGCUUCAUGUCCGUUGUAGCUGACAAGGCCGUGGUGAGGAAAGAGGAGCUGUGGUCAGUGGUGGGAGACAGCGAGUGGAAAAUCAACAACGCCCUGGACAAGGAGUACGAGCCCCGCCCGGCUGAGGUCAUUGUGAGGGAGGCCUGUGCGAUGGUGGGCGCUGUGCUGCCGUACUGCGUCUUCAGUCAGAACUGUGAGCACUUGGCAAACGAGCUGCGCUACGGAAAGGCCGAGUCCCGGCAGGUGCGUAAGGCGGGUCAAGCGGUCUUGUUGGCCGGUGCGGCGACAGCGAUGCUUCUGGGUGUCGCGUAUCUGUUCAGCGGCAGCAGAAAAGAAAACAAGAACAACCAGUGAUUGAAGUCUCCUGUUCAGCGACUUGAUGAGCGGAUCCCUGUCAAAGCCUAACUUUUACUCACUAAGAACACGGUCAGAAAGCCUUCUUUGGUUAGAUCGACAGUACAAAGCUGGUUGGUUGAAGAUCAAAGCUCUGUAUUAAUCCGACAUCUUAACAUUUACACAUAAUGCACAACGAACACAUUCUGAUUAAUAAAGCUGCCAAUAGGAAAUAUGUUCAAAUGCUAUAAUUUGAACUGAAGAUUUUAUGGAUUUAUUUUAAAAUUCACACAGGGUCUUACUUUUCGAAACCCACAUGGUCCAGUUUUUAAUGCCUCUAGUUACAUUUCCUCAUUCGAAUCUACUUGUGUAGUUAGAAGCAGCAUAUUAAUGUACACUGUUUUAUACAAACCACCUCCUUUUAUCCCUACAUACACUGAAAUCUGUUUACAUUGGAAUAUAUUUAAAGUACACUUGUCUCCUGUCCAUCACAGACCCCCCAAUUCCAAUGACUAGAGGCAAAAUGCAGACAAGGAACUCAAACGUGGUGAUGACAUUCAAUGUACUCAGGAAGACAUUCAAUAGCGGUGUCUUAAAGUGUCUAGGUUGCAUCCUUAAGGACUCAUUCGUCAUAGGAGCUAUCCUUUGCGGCCGGGCAUAUCCCAGCAUGCAGUGCAGGCGGAUUUAGUUUAUUCGGGACGGAGGCGGGUGAUACAACGGAAGAGUUCGGAAGAGUUCACUUUUAAUAGUAACGUUAAGUAAUAGAAUUCACUCGAAUAUCCAGAUAUAAAUGUAAUAGAAUAUAUGACAUCACAUUUUAGUUUAUUAAAUCGCUUAAGAUACUUUACGUUGGCAACCAAUGCAGUGUUUUUAAAUUCACAUAAGACUGCUCUUAGUUGUAACGUUAACGCCAUCAUGCUACCUAGACUGGCCUGCAACCCCCCCUCCCCCCCGAGUCCAUGUACUGCUCUUAUGAACAUCGUAGGCCAGACCGUCCUUUGUCAGAACUUUUGGUUCGGCCUAUGCGGUCGUUUGAGGACCCGGGCCAGGUCUACCGCGAAGGCUGCUGAAGGCAACAACGAUGCACCCUUGAGACUUUGAGACACAGCGAAUGACUCAAACAAGGGAUAAAAGACACGUGGCUUAAAUACACUGAGAAGGUCCAAGUGAUUGACACCGGUGGAAACAAUCAGGGACACGGGAGACAAUGACAGAUGGCGACAUGACAGGGCAGAAAGUGAGGCUAAACCAGGGCCACAAGAGGCAGGAAACUACAAAACACAGGAAACGACCCCAAACCGUGACACUUUGUGGGAAAAAUUGAGAGCUCUGUUAACUCAAUACCAACCAGUCAGACGGUAACAUGCCUGUCCUGUUUGAAUGGGAUUUGCCCAGCUAACUGAUGCUAGUAUCAGUUGAUGAAGCUAUCAUCAGUUGAUGAUGCUAGCUUUCGCUAAUGACUGAAAAGCUUUGUGUAAAUGUUAAAUGUAUAGGUCGCUUUCUCCAUUAAACGACGUACAACACAACUCAGAAUAAAAUCCCCGUAUCAUUUAAAUUUAAUGUAUUUAAAGGUUGGUUACACGUACCUGUGUGGACUCGAGGCAGCAGCACAGCCAGAAUGAGACAAGUGAAAAGUGCCACCUCGGAACGUUGGCUUUCCCGCAUUUCACGACAAAGAUAUAAAAGUUAGCAGAACUGUUGUUCCUUGAAUUGAACUCCAACUUAAGGAUUUAAGGAUUAACAACUCACAAAAUUUGUUUUGGAACAUCCAACUUUCUUGCUUUGUUGUGCUAACUAACAUUAUUGCCUUAAAUGUCAAUAAUUUAUAUUUUCAAGUUUUACCAACAUAAUUGCUGUUUUAGCCCAACAAAUACAAGUUGUUUUUUUUACAGUGCACCAACCCCCUCAGUGCUCCCUGUGGUCUAGCAUAAUAUUCCAAUUUCACUGUUAAAAAUGUGGUGCCUCCAUUCUGUCUUAAUACUGUAUGUGGCAGUAUGCAGUGAUUGGUCCUAAUAACUUUCAGCUGGGUCAGGAUCACAGCCAAUCGCUGCAUGACAAUGCUGUAUAAAGGCGGCCUCAGGGCACUAAUUUGCCGGCAGCUGGGGUUACGACACAUCCUGGCGUCUUUCACGCUGCUCGCUGUCUGGAAACAUUAGAAUGUUUAAACUGCCCUCACCAUACAUCCCGCCUCGUGUCGCUACAUGUAAAUGAAACAAAACAAUAGAAUUGCAAAAUUUGGCUUG